CCUUUCUAAAGUUGAAUACAUAAAAGAUAAAGUACUCUGGACUCAAAACACGAAGACUACUAUCACUUGAACAUCUAAGCCAACACACUGCAGUUUUAUUCAUGCAAAGGACUUCAGCAAAGGAGCAAGCUAGGAUCUGACAGGUAUAUCUUCUGAGUCCCAGUAAGCGAAAUCCUAUCCACAAUGAAUGUAGUACUCUUAUUCCUCCUUAAUGGGAUAUUUGCUUGCUGUAGUGGUAAUUCUGCACAUGAGGCAACACCUAGGUUACUCCUGGUGUCUUUUGAUGGUUUCAGGGCUGAUUAUCUGAAGACAUACAAUCUUCCAUAUCUCCAAGAUUUUAUUAAAGAUGGUGUGCUUGUGGAACAUGUUAACAAUGCUUUUAUCACAAAGACUUUCCCAAAUCAUUACAGUAUAGUCACAGGUUUGUACGAGGAAACUCAUGGCAUCGUAGCAAACACCAUGUUUGAUGCUGCUACGAAGAAAAGGUUUUCGCCGUUCAGUGACACAGAUCCUUUUUGGUGGGAUGAAGCCGUUCCCAUUUGGGUCACCAAUCAGUUGCAAGAGAACAAAACAAGCGCUGCUGCAAUGUGGCCUGGUACAGAUGUCCACAUUCAGAAUAUCGUUCCUCAUUUUUUCAUGAAAUACAACUCUUCUGUAAGUUUCAGCAAAAGAGUAGAAAACAUUGUCACAUGGCUGAACAGUUCUGACCCGCCUGUCACUUUUGCUGCUCUUUAUUGGGAAGAGCCAGAUGCAAGCGGGCACAAGUAUGGCCCGGAAGAUACUAAAAACAUGUCCAACGUCUUACAGGAAGUGGAUAAACUUAUUGGCCACCUUGUUAAGAGCCUGAAGGUCUCAAAACUGUGGGAGGAAAUAAAUGUUAUAAUUACCAGUGAUCAUGGCAUGGCACAGUGUUCCCAGGACAGGUUGAUUAAACUGGAUGACUGUAUUGAGCCACAGGCGUACACUCUGAUAGACACGAGCCCAGUUGCAGCCAUACUGCCUCGUAAUGAAACAUAUGUAUAUGACCACUUGAAAAACUGCAGUCCUAAUCAUAUGAAGGUUUAUCGUAAAGAAGAAAUUCCAGAGCGAUAUCAUUACCACUAUAAUGAGCGUAUUCAACCCAUAAUCCUGGUUGCAGAUGAAGGCUGGACAAUUGUGCACAAUGAGACCCUUCACAGAUUAGGGGACCAUGGCUAUGAUAAUGCAUUUCCAAGCAUGCAUCCAUUCUUGGCAGCUCAUGGGCCCGCUUUCCGCAAAGGCUACAGGCUGAAGACAAUGAAUAUUGUUGACAUUUAUCCCAUGAUGUGUCACAUCCUUGGCUUGACACCCCAGCCCAACAAUGGCAGCUUGAGCAAUGCCAAGUGUCUGCUAGCUGACCAGUGGUGCAUCGAUGUUGCUGAAGCCAUUGGGAUAGUGAUUGGUGUCUUGAUGGUGUUAGCUACUCUGACAUGCCUUAUGAUCAUCAUGAAGAACAGAACACCCUCUCUGCGUCCGUUCUCACGCCUUCAGCUUCAGGAAGAAGAUGAUGAUCCCUUAAUUGGAUAAUCUGCUUAGCAGCUUUGGCAGCACUCCACUGACUGUGUCAUGAAAACUGGACAUGAUAGGUAAACUUACACUGAAGAACCUCUUGUGGUGCACUUUAAAAUAAAGAUCCACCCUGAAUACUGCAGAAGAAUAGUGAGUAUCUCUGGGAAAGAACCACUGGGUCAG